AUGCAAAAAACUGAUCACGGGCUUAAUGUAAUAUGGUGCAGAAAGUGCAGCUGCAAGGAUAUUUGUUCAAGCACAGUUGAAGGAAGUUGCAGCGCCAUCUCGGUUAGUGUCGCCCUUUACUGUUCUUCUCUUUGCUGCGUGUUUGAGAGCGUUCGGGCUCCUUUCCGGUUUAUCAAGAUGGGUAUCGAUAUUAACCAUAAGCAUGACAGGAAGGUUCGACGAACGGAACCGAAGUCCCAGGAUGUGUAUUUACGUCUUCUGGUCAAAUUAUACAGAUUCUUGGCUAGAAGGACGAAUUCUAAAUUCAACAAGAUCAUUUUGAAGCGUCUCUUCAUGAGCAAGAUCAACAAGCCGCCAAUCUCCCUUGCACGUAUCGUACGACUGAUGAGCAAACCUCACCGUGAGAACUCUAUCGCAGUGGUAGUCGGUACCAUCACGGAUGAUGCCAGGAUCUUCGAGAUCCCGAAAUUGACGGUAUGCGCGUUGCGCGUGACCGAGAAGGCAAGAGGUCGCAUCCUGAAGGCCGGUGGUGAACUGAUAACGUUCGACCAGCUGGCGUUACGCGCCCCGACCGGCAAGCGCACGGUGCUGCUGCAGGGGCCGCGUAAGGCGCGGGAGGCGCAGAAGCACUUCGGGCCGGCGCCCGGUGUGCCGCAUUCGCACACGAAGCCGUUGGUGCGGUCGAAGGGCCGCAAGUUCGAGCGGGCGAGAGGCCGCAGGCGUAGCUGCGGUUACAAAAAAUAAGGUCUAUACCAGCGUCAUCAUUUGUUUCACCAUUCGACUCGUCGUCUGAAUACCUUACGAUAAACGGACGUUCCCUCCGUUGCAGUUUUUUUCACCUCAGCUGAGUGGCUGGGAAAUAAAUGUUGGCUUAAUAACAA